AUGGCUGGGACCAAGACAUUCAACGUUGGAAUCAUUGGAUAUGGCCUGUCCGCCAAGGUCUUCCACAUACCAUUCAUCAACCUCACCCCUCAGUUCAAGCUGCACAGCAUCGUCCAGCGGAAACCCACGGCCUCUUCCUCAGCACCAACUGACUACCCGGAACUGAAGCACCAUACUUCCCUAGAGCCCAUGCUUCAGGACCCCGACGUCGACGUCAUCAACAUCCUCACCCCGCCCAACACACACUUCAGCUUCUCCAAGCAGGCCCUGCAGGCCGGCAAGCACGUCCUGGUCGAGAAGCCCUUCGUACCCACCAUCGAGGAGGCCGAGGAACUCAUCCAGAUCGCCAGGGAGAAUGAGCGUCUCAUCUGCGUCUACCAGAACCGCCGCUGGGACAGCGACUUCCUCACAGUCAAGAAGAUGAUUGCCGACGGCGUGUUCGGUCGCGUCUACGAAUUCGACACCCACUUUGACCGCUUCCGCCCUGAGCGCCCCACGUCGUGGAAGGGGGAGCUGACCAUGGCCGAGGGCGGCGGCGCGCUCUUCGACCUGGGUUCCCACCUCAUCGACCAGGCCUACCACCUCUUCGGCAUGCCUGAGACCGUCUAUGGCAAGCUCGUCAGCCAGCGGAACGGCAAGUUCGACCCCGAAGACCCGGACAGCGUGCACGCGCAGCUCGCGUACGCGGACGGCCUCAUCGUCAGCGUGCGCAUCGGCGUCAUGAGCGUCGAGACGAGCCAGCCGCGGUUCUGGGUGCGCGGCACCAAGGCCAGCUUCCACAAGACGUGCCUCGAUCCACAGGAGGAUCAGCUCAAGGCCGGUGCCAAGCCCAACGAUCCCGGUUUCGGUGUCGAGGACCCCAUGAACGGUGGGAGGCUGCUGCUGGUCAAGGAGGGCGGUAGGGUUGAGGAGCGUAUGAAGAUGACGGUCAAGCCCGAGACGUACCUCAAGCUUUUUGAAGGUUUCGCCAAGGCUGUUGAGACCGGAAGGGAGGAAUACGUUCCUGUGCCGGCGAGAGAGGCGCGAGAUGUGCUUCGCAUCCUUCACGCUGUCCGAGAGAGCGCGAAGUCGGGGCGCGAGGUUCGGUUUUCUUAA